UGUCGGAAGAAGCAACCGUUCUUCGCUAUGUUGCUAUACAAUUUUCCAUUUCUUCUUCUAUUACUGGCAUUCGCGCAGUUUUUUGCCUCUGGCGAUACAGCACGAAUACCACAAAUUGUACCAGAUGUAGAGGCUACCAAGAAGUGUGGCUAUGAGGCAUGUCAUCCUACACAUCCUAAGAAACUUAACAUUCACAUGGUUUCACAUACUCACGACGAUGUUGGUUGGUUAAAGACUGUCGAUCAAUAUUACUUUGGAAGUCGCUCUACGAUUCAAAAGGCUGGUGUGCAAUACAUUCUCGACAGUGUUAUCAAAGCACUGCUAGCUGAUCCAAGCAGAAGAUUUAUUUACGUUGAAACCGCUUUCUUCUGGAAGUGGUGGUUACGGCAAGAUGAAAAGGUACGUGCUGACGUUAAAAUGUUAAUCAACGAAGGGCGAUUGGAAAUCAUUGGAGGAGCAUGGAGCAUGAACGACGAAGCUUGCACUCAUUAUCAUUCAUUAGUGGAUCAGUUUACGUGGGGAUUCAGGCGACUCAACGACACAUUCGGAAGUUGUGCCAGACCACGUAUUGGGUGGCAAAUAGAUCCUUUCGGUCAUUCCAGAGAACAAGCUUCUUUAUUCGCGCAGAUGGGAUUUGAUGGAAUGCUAUUUGGUCGUAUCGAUUAUCAGGAUAAAGAGAAAAGAUUGAAUAACAAAAUGAUGGAAUUUAUCUGGAAAAGCAGUCCAAAUUUAGGUAAGCGAGCGGAUUUGUUCACGACUGCGAUGUUCAACACUUACAGUCCACCACCAGGAUUUUGCUUCGAUAUUUUAUGCAACGAUGAACCAAUAAUUGAUGACCCUGAUAGCCCAGACUACAACAUCGACAGAAGGAUCGAUGAUUUUUUGAGAUAUGCAGUUACGCAAGCUAGUCAUUACCGUACAAAACAUAUCAUAUUGACAAUGGGAGGAGAUUUCACUUAUCAGCACGCGGAAAUGUACUUCAUGAAUUUGGACAAGCUGAUAAGGACGACAUCGCUAGUAGAGCUGUUCCUGACAUAUGCGCAGAUUCAAGCACGUGCUUACAAAACUAAUCAUAUUAUUCUCACUAUGGGGGACGAUUUUCAUUAUCAACAGGCUGACAUGGUAUUCGGUAACUUAGACAAGCUGAUCAAAUACACUAAUCAGCGCAAUGGUUCUGUAGUAAAUGUAAUUUACUCGACACCCUUAUGCUACUUGAAGGCCUUGAACGACUUGAAUCUUCAGUGGCCCACUAAGAGCGAUGACUUCUUUCCAUAUGCGAGCGAUCCUCACUCUUAUUGGACUGGCUAUUUUUCAUCGAGACCAACCGUGAAAUAUUUUGAACGUGAAGGGAAUAAUAUGUUGCAAGCAAGCAAACAACUCGUUGUCCUAACAAAUUUAAAAAGUUAUGACGAAUCCUUGGAACAUUUUCGCGAAGCAAUGGGAGUGAUGCAACAUCAUGAUGCCGUCAGCGGUACUGAAAAACAAUUUGUCGCGAACGAUUAUUCUCGUAUAUUAUAUGAGAGUAUGGAUCACGCUGGAGAAAUAAUUUCGAAAGCUAUAGGGAAAUGGUCAGGAAUGGAAAAUAGUACAGCAGCAUCCUUUAAAAUAUUCACAUGUUUACAAUUAAAUAUUAGCUCGUGUGCAUUUUCUGAAAAAAGUGAUACGUUUAUGGCUGUAGUAUACAACCCUCUAAGCAGACCUGUUUCUACUUAUGUUCGCGUCCCCGUUCAAGGAAAUUCUUAUGUUGUUCGAUCACUCACUGAUGGAGUAUAUCCAACCGUACAAAUAGUACCAAUUCCCGAAGGAGUUCAAAAAAUCCCAGGAAGAAAGAGCAGCGCGACAAACGAAGUCGUUUUCCGCGCUUUAGAUAUUCCUCCUCUCGGUGUAUUAACUUAUGUCAUCGCCAAAAAGAUACAAGAAAAUGUAGUUGAACAACCUCAGUCAGCCAACUUUAUAAGUAAUGAGUUGUAUAAUAUAUCCGUUAAUACCAAUGGUGGCCUAAGAGUACAUUGGAAUAAGCAAAACAUGAACGUCGUACAAUCUUUCCACUACUACAUAGGAGCAGAGGGUAAUAACAAGAACUUUAUUAAUAGAUCAUCCGGUGCAUAUAUCUUUAGACCUAAAGAAUUAUCGGCCAGGAAUUUUGCAUACAGUGGAUCGUAUAAGAUAUAUAAAGGGCCUGUUGUGCAAGAACUCCAUCAUACAAUAAACGAUUGGAUUAGUCAAGUAGUUCGAAUUUAUUCAGAAGAACAGCACAUUGAAUUUGAUUGGCUCAUUGGACCAAUACCUCUCAAGGAUAAGAUUGGUAAAGAGAUAGUCACGAGGUAUUCCAGCAAUCUACAAACAGACAAAACGUUUUACACGGAUAGCAAUGGAAGAGAGAUGUUAAAGCGUGUGAGAAAUUAUCGACCAACAUGGAAUUUAGAAUUGAUGGAGCCGAUUUCUGGCAAUUAUUAUCCAGUGACCAGUAAAAUUACACUCAAAGAUGAAAAGAAGCAAUUGAAAUUAAAUAUUCUUGUUGAUCGUGCCCAGGGGGGAAGCAGUUUGGAGGACGGCGACGUUGAACUGAUGACUUCUGGUCUCAAUAAAGCAUUGCCACCGAAUGUGCACAUUCUUACCUUAGAACCUUGGAAAGAUGAUACAAUUUUAUUAAGAUUGGAGCAUCUCUUUGAAGUUGGUGAGGCUCAGCGAAUGUCUCAACCAGUAGAAGUUAACAUUCAGAAUCUGUUCUCGACAUUUUCAAUUGAAUCGAUCAAAGAAACCACAUUAGGGGCCAAUCAGUUAUUGAGCGAAAAUAAACCUAUGAAAUGGGAACCAGAAAUGAAUGAUAUUAUCCAGAAUGAAGAAGAAAGUAGACAAAUUGUGGGAGUUCAUGACAAUGUAAUCAAUGUUCUCUUGAAACCGAUGGAAAUACGGACGUUUAUUCUCACAGUAAAACGAAGAUCUCUUUAAAUUGUGUGUGUGUGUGUGUGUGUGUGUGUGUGUGUGUGGGCGCG